CAUAGAGAUAUCAAUUAGAAACUGCUACAGUAAUAUAGACUAACUAAUUGGCAUUAAAUGACUGUAGAAUACAGAUAGCUGCAGUACAGUCAGAGAAGAUUGCCUUGGUUUAAAAAGAGCUGUGUUGUAAAUUGUUAAAUAGGAGUUUUAUUCUUUUUUAUUAUUAUUGAUCAUGUGUAGCAAAGCAAAGACUAUCUUGCAUAUAAAAAUAAUUUAUUUGCAGGAUGGUUGCAUUAUACUGUGCCCUCCAGAGAUAAUGUCACCCUUUGUGGGGGAAAAAAAGAACAACCACAAGGACAUUACAACACCAAUAAUAAUUAUAACUUAAGACCAAAUUUAAACACCAAAGUAACUAAAUGUUAUUGACUUGCGCAAAUAGAAUACAUUGGCAUUUAAAGAUAGGAUUAUAGGGCCAUAAGGGUAUGUUUUAUGUACAUCUUAAAUUUUAAAAUAAAUUUUACAUUUGUGCAAAGCAUUUGAUAAUUUGAGAUGUAUAGUUAAUUAUAUUUUUAUAUAUAACUAAUAUUUUAGGUUUCUUAACUUUUUCUAAUUUUAAAGAAUGGAUAUAAUAAUUCUUUUGGGUACUGUAGAUACAAAUAUAAAAUGGUAAUUUCAUUUGAAAGGGUUAUUUUGGGAUUGGUUUUAAAAUGGCUUGGUUUGUUAAGCAUGCUUUUGGAUUGUUUGCUGUGCAGCACGAGUAAUGUUUCCAGCUCAUCAAGUGAUGUACAGUGUGGGAGAAUGUAUUCCGUACAGUGAUAUUAAUAAAACUUAAACUACCACGACAGAAUCUCUGUGUAAACCCUGAUGCUGCCCAAAGGAAGAAUGCUUACAUAUAAUUUUGGCACCAUAACAUGAAAUUAAUGUUUUGUUGCAUGUCUGUGUAAUCACUGUCUCAACUAAAACAUUUUAGAUAAUUUUGAUAUGACAUUGUAACGUGUUCGUAAAAACAAGAAGUGUGUGAACGCUGCUUGGGGUCACACUGUACAAACACAUUCUUGGAUUUUAUUCAACACACUUUCUCCCUUUUUCUCUCGGUCUCCUUUUUGUCUGUGGAUGUGUGUGAUUCCUAAUUUUCUGCCUCCUGUUGCAUGCCAUGUGUGGUGUGUGCUCUAACCAUGUGCAGGACAACACUGAUGCGUUGGACAGACAGCUGAACAGGGCUCUGCCUACCCAGAAACUGCAGAUGGAAAAACUACCUCACCACAGUCCCCACCACUCCCAGUUUACGAUUCUGAUCAUACACCAAUCACCUCCUCAUCUUCCACAAGUUCUAGAAGUUUUACACUAGACCGCUCCAAGUCUGCUCCAGCCUCCAUUAGCCAGAGCCUGCCUUCAGAGGCAUCAUUCAGUCCAUCUCAAACCCAGGGAGAAACACUUCAUCCAUCUGACCCUGAGGGCAUGACUGAACUCCCAACAUCUGCUUCAGCCCUGGGCUUAAAAGUGGAAGAAAAUCCUCCCCAUGGGCAGGUUGAUGGUUUCCAACCUCAGUCAACCUCAUCACCCUAUCUUCCUGCUCAGGAACCAUUUUCUAGUACUGUGUCAAAUGACAAUAAAGGGACUCAAUUUGUACUUUGUAAAAAGUCUGUGGCAGAUUUAGAUGAAGGGGAAGGGAUUAUCUUACAAGAAACUGAAGGACCGGAAUCCCAGACUGGCUCCCAAAAUGAGGAAGUAGACAUGGCAGAUUCUUUUGAUCCAAACAUAAUUAGUAUUCAUGUUCCGGAGGACGUCCAAGAAAAAGAUCAUGGCAACAUAAUGAAAGAUAUUAAAAAUGAGCAAACAGAUCAAAUUUCAGAGUUGAUGAAUCAACACAGCCUUCCAGGUCCAUCUAGAUCAUCUAAAGAAUCUUUUGUCCAUUUAGAACUUGAGAAGAACAUGGAAACUAGGCUUGUCUCAAAGAGUGAAAUGACUUUGGAAAGGGACCAGUCAGAGAACAGCAGUAGCCCUUCUCUGGCUCAAGCCCUGAAAGAACUUCACAAGCUUUUGAUGUCUAACAGUAAUGCUCAGACUUGUGCCUGGAGCCCUUUAUCUGCCACUCAUACCACCACCCCAAGACCAGACACUGAUGAGGUGGACAAUAAUCAAACAGGAAAUGAUUGUGCAGACGUCAACCCAAAUUAUAUUUCCUCAUCUCACACUGCCAUAACCCACAAAACAAUGUUUGCCAACUCUGAAUUUGAUGCUUUAGAAGAGGAUAGCACAUUUGAAGGACUGACAGUAAGCUCUCAAAGACAAGAAGGCAAUGAGACUAAUGGGUUCGCAAAUAUACACACUGAGGAAGAUAUUACACAGUGUCCUGAGGGAAAUGAAGUUGAUGAAAAUGGGGAGGGCCUUUUGUUGGGGCCAGAAAAGGCACUACCAGCUGAACCAUCUCUGCAGCAGCCCUUGUCUGUAGCAGUUGGCCCUUCAACAGACAGUGACAACCUUGUGCCUGAAGAGUCCUCGUAUCCAUCAAUACCAAGUCCCGGGUUGGCUCUUUCAGACCCCAUCCAGCCUUCCACACUAAUGUUAUCAGGACAGUACCCUGCAGAGCACAUUCAGAGGAUUGAAGCAGCAGGGUUCUCAUCCCGAGAGGCAGCUGAAGCACUUGAACAGGCUGAAGGCAGUGUGGAACUUGCCUUACUGGUGCUGCUGGCUAGGAAGAUCACUGUGCCCACGUAAAUUCACCAUAGCUUUCAAUCUAAACUUUUAUUGUGUGCUCUUCUCUUUGAUGCCCUUUUUCCUUUACUUGUGCUUAGUUUUGUUUGUCAUAUAAAUCAGUUUAUAUGUCUCCGUAUCCAUAAUAAGCUUUGGAAGACACUGUCUAGGCCAUUUGCAAGAAUAAUAGCGAUUGAUGAAGUUUUUCUGUCCCCCCCAAUCCCGCUGAUGUUGUUGUUUUUUUUUUUUGUUUUGUUUUUUCCUAAAGGGUUACUGCUUUUAACUACUGUCUGGUUCAAGUAGGUUUGCAUAGUGUUAUUGAUGGUUAUUAAUGUGUAACUUGCUCUUUUGACAUGCAAAUACAUAAAAAACAUUUUAUUUAAUCCCUCAAAUUAGAGUGGCUAUGAAGCUUAACAGUAAAUAGUAUUUUAUUAAAUUUGAUAGUUUUAUGUCUCCUUUUUUUCACCAGUAUUUUCUAACCACAGUGGAUAUCCAGGCCUUGCUCUUUAAAUUAAAUUGGGUGAUUAUAAAAUAUUUUAAAGCGUUUAAUAAAUCAGUUUCAUCUGUCCUAGGAUUUCACUGUUUCAACCUAAACAGAAAAAAUAUUGUAUAUUAAUAAAAUAAUGUUCUUAGUAAUAAAGACAGGUCCCCAGAGGCAUGUUAAGCCUAAAGCCGAGAUUUUAAAAUAUGCUGGUGAAUCAUCAUGGGUAUUGCAGGAUAAAACAUACAUUGACUUAAACCAUGUCUGGGAAGUUGUGGCAGCCACUAGCUGGAACACCUUUGCUGAUUUCGCAAUAAUUACCAAAUACUGUAAUAUCUUUAAUUAUCUGCUCAUUUUAUAUUUGCCAAUCCUGUAUAACUUGACCAUUGUGUUUUAAAAUGUUUAAGUUGAUUGCCUUCAGACUUUGUAAACCUUGUAUACUCCCCAGUGUUUGUUAGUGAUGAAAACAUUUUCAUUAGUAUUUCUUUUCCCCUAGUUCCCCAAGAUGACAGUAUUUUUUAUUUUAAUUUUUUUUUAAUACGAAUGUGAAAUUAUUAGUGGUGAAAGGGAGAGAAGUAAUAUCAGGACAUCAGGAAACUUGUGUGAGUCACAUUUCAUCUCCAGUCAUCCAUCUUUUACUUUUCAGGGAUUUUGAGAUGCUAUUUUGUUGGUAUGAAACAUAAUCUUAGCAUAGUAUGGUGUGAAACUCUAAAAUAAAAUAAAAAAUACAAUUAAAUAGUAGGGACUGGAGGUCUGUUUGGAUUUCAUUAUUGUUUGUCUUACAAACACAUAAUUACAUGACAUUUGCUGAUUUUGUGUACCAUUUUAAUUCUUUUUUUUUUUUCAUGACUCUGAUAAUGUUUGGUGGAAAUCCAGGCUGCUCUGUCUAGCUGUCUUGAUUCACAUGUAUAACCUUUGUCAUUUUUUUAAGGUUGUCUUUGACUCAGCUGUGUUCAAAAUUUGGAUGAUUUAGUUUUAACUUGUAUACAAUUUAAAAGCCAAAUAAAGGAAAAUGUGUUUGUUUAUAA